CUGGCGUGGACAGACACCAGUGGGCCUCAGAGCUGUCAGAGCUGUGUAGAUAAAGUCGGAGCAGCGUGGAGCGGAGUGAAGUGGAGGAUUUCAGUCUGAGUGAAGGAGAGUAAACAACAUGCCGAGGUCUUUCCUGGUGAAGAGUAAAAGGGCCCACAGCUACCACCAGCCCCGGUACCUGGACGACGACUACAACAGACUGGACACUAUUUUGGCUCAUGUCUGCGCAGAGUCCAAAUCCCAGGCGGACUUUGAGUCCAACUUGGAGACGCAGGAGGAUGUGAGUCCGGGCGCCGACAGGCCGUCCACCGGGUCCAGGCUCCUGUCCCCGGGGUCACUGUCCUCCAGCUCACCGCUGAGCUGUGGAGGCAGCGUCAGUGACCGGUCCUCAGACUGUGAUUUCUGGCGUCCCCCGUCCCCCUCCUCAUCACCAGAUUCAGAGAAAUGUUCCACGCCAGCAGGAGAGGACGGCCACCACGUCAACAUCCCUCUGUUUCCCUACUCCUGGACCGCGUUCUCCGGAUCCGAGCUGAGGCAUCUGGUUCGGGGUCCGUAUCACCACCACCACCACCACCACCUCCAGGCGCACAGGGACCCCCACUCACCGGGCGGCCGCUACGGGGCUGAGGACAGCGGUGCCGAACCCCUUUACGCACAGCGAGGCCCCGCGGCCGGAUGUUACCAGGACUAUUCUGCAACGGCCCAGCAAAUGCGCAGGAUGCGGGAUGGGGAUGAGCUGUAUGUGGAUGUAAAGCAGAAGCCUAGAAAUGCGGACAUCAAGUCUGAGAGUGAUUUCAUGUGCGCAAACCUCGACUCAAAUGGCUCCUAUAAGUGCAUUAAAUGUUGUAAGGUGUUUUCUACUCCUCAUGGACUGGAGGUGCAUGUGCGGAGGUCGCAUAGUGGGACGCGACCGUUUGAGUGCGGGGUCUGUGGGAAAACCUUCGGCCACGCAGUGAGUCUGGAUCAGCACAGAGCGGUUCACUCACAGGAGAGGAGCUUCAGCUGUAAAAUUUGCGGCAAAAGCUUCAAGCGCUCAUCCACACUGUCCACGCACCUGCUCAUCCACUCGGACACGCGGCCGUAUCCGUGCCAGUAUUGCGGGAAAAGGUUCCACCAAAAGUCAGACAUGAAAAAACACACUUUCAUCCACACAGGUGAGAAGCCGCACAAGUGUCAGGUGUGCGGGAAGGCCUUCAGUCAGAGCUCCAAUCUGAUCACGCACAGCAGGAAACACACGGGCUUCAAACCUUUCGGCUGUGACCUGUGUGGGAAAGGCUUCCAGAGGAAAGUGGACCUGAGGAGACACAAGGAGACGCAGCACGGACUGAAAUGAACAAAGAAACACAACACAGACCCUGCACUUUGGACCGUGUUUCAUUGAUUAUUUUAUUGUUGUUUGCUAUUGCCUAUUUUUUUUUGUUCCUAUUGUUGAAUUAAGUCUAUUAUUAAGCCUGAGACAUUCCAGCUGAUUUAUGGAAAUAAAAUUUAUUUAUCGAGUGUUUUCACAUUAUUAUUAAAGUCAAACCUCCACAUGUUAUCACUCGUCUCCUUGAUUCUAACAUUUUGGAAACAAAGUCCAUUUAUUGAAAUACUGAAGUAGUUCCAUUUUAUUCAGAUUUACAUGUUCUCUGUACUCCCUCCCUGAGCGAGAUAUUGUACUUUUUACUUCGAUGCAUUUGUCUUAACAGCUUUAGUAAUUGUAGAUUACACAUUUACCCACAAACAUAUAAUGAUCUUAGAGAAUAUGAUGCUGUAGAUGUAACUAUGUAACAAUAUUUAAAUUUCACUGUUGUUCAUACAGUUGGAAUAAUUUAGUUUUUGGACACAUUUCUCUUUUUAUUCUUAUUUAUACACCUCAGGAAUACAUCACAUUCUCACAUCAGAAGAGGCAAAAAAUAUAUAAUUUAUACUUUAUGGGCAAAAAAAAAACCUCAGUCUAAUUUAGGCUUAUUUAUCUCCAACAGUAAAAUAGGCUUACAUUAAUACAGCAGGAUAACUGAUCUAAAAUAGUACUGUAUCUUUGUAUAGCACUGGUUUCCUUCUUUAUAUAAAUGAUCUGCUUCAGAGAUUGUGCUAAAUCUUACAUACUUUAACAAGAUGAAUUGGGAAACAAAUGACACAAGUGCUGGAUAGCUGAUGGUUUCAAUAUAUACGAUAAAGUGUCAUAUAGUGGUUUAUGUACAUUUAUACAAUAUAUUUAUACAUUUUCCACCAUAAAGAACCUGUAAAGUGAAUGUAUUGUCAUGUGCAGACAAUG